AUGGCCAGCAUGGCACAGCGUGUGGCUUUCAUCACCGGCGGAAGUGGUGGUAUUGGACGAGCCACUGCUCACAAACUUGCUAGCCGUGGUAUUUCAGUCGUGGUGGCUGACAUGGACGAACAACAAGGCACAAAGGUGUCGGAUGAGGUGGCCAAGAAAUGGAAUGUCAAGACCAAGUUCCUCAAACUCGAUGUCACGCAGGAGCAGCAGGUCAAAGACGCUAUUGCCUCGUCGACAGAGUGGACAGGUCGGCUCGACUACGCUGCCAACUGUGCCGGAAUCUGCGAAACUAUAUGGUCGGAAGAAGAAAGUAUCACCACCGAGCUCUUUGAAAGGACGCACGCCAUCAAUACCAAGGGUUUGUGGCUGUGCCAGAAAUACCAGGCGUUGCAAAUGAAGACUCAGGAUCCUUGUCCCGUCUCGUUCGAACCACCGUGCGCACACAAUAUUCCAGCGCAACGAGGUGCCAUUGCCAACGUCGUCUCCAUCUCAGGACUUCAAGCAGCCGGCUUAGCAGCAUACACACCCUCCAAGUAUGCUGCUGUCGGAGUGACCAAAAAUGGAGCGAAAUUCUACGGGCCUGAUGGGAUCCGAGUCAAUGCUCUGUGUCCGGGGUGGACUUUGACUCAAAUGAUCGUGAAGUCGAUGGGCGCCGAAGGGACGAUUGGAUCUAAAGAAAACGAGGAGUCUCCGGUCAGUAAAGCUAUUGCCUUACGAAGAAUGGCUUUUGCGGAGGAGCAAGCAAACGUCUUGAGCUUCUUGUUGAGCGACGAGAGUAGCUAUAUGAAUGGAUCACUGGUGGUGAACGAUGGUGGCUUCCACGACAUCCGGUGA